UGCUUUUUGAAAUGUUCAAUUCACUGGAACGGAAUGUUCUUGGAAGUGAUGGGGAGAAUUUGUUAAGGCGCAGCAAUCUUACAACAGUUGUGUAAGGCCUGUGGUUAUGCAUGUGGUGAUCCGCCCAACGUGUUGUGGAGGGGGAGUUCCACAGUGUAUAAAAGUUGAAAUUGAACAUUGUAACCAAGACACAUUAAGGUUUCAAUGCUGAUAUCAUAAUUAUCUGCAAUGCAGUGUUUCACUUCGUCCGCCAUACUUGCAGCAAUGUCUGACACAAAGGAUGGUGACGAGGAAACUCAGCAGAUUUGUAACCAGGUGAAGACCAUGGUAGAGUACAAUACAAAGAAGACAUACGAAGAAUUCAGAGCCGUUCAAUACAAGGUGCAGUUUGUGGCUGGAAAAAACCUCUUCAUCAAGGUUCAUGUGGGAGGAGAUGAUUACCUUCAUCUGAACGUCUUCCAGGUGCACUUUAGUGAUGAAAAACGUUUGCUGCACGUGCUGACAGACAUGGGAAAGGAGGAUCCAUUCACAUUUUUCUGAAGCGAUCAGCUGUUUCAACGCUCCUGCAGGCUGCAGUCCAUCAAAAUGCUUCUCUUUAGAAAUAUGCAUGACAAUAAUCCUAAUAACAUAUAUCCCAAUAAUUUUGUUGUUUUCAUUCCUUAUAUGUUAAAACUUACAGAUAAAGACAUCCGGCUUUGCAUGGAGUGCGGUUAUACUUUGCACAACCGUGAACCAAUAGUCACCAAAGUAAUUAUGACUCGUACUCACCAGGACCAUGAAUGUCAAGUCAGUCAAAUCAAUUUUGUAUGAAUAUGAAUGCCUGUGGCAGAUUUCAUUGCAUCUCAGACUGAAAUAAUUACAAACUUAUUAAAAGGGUUGAGCGAUGUCGCAUCACAUUCACCAUUCUGUGAAAUAUAUUCUUGUAUAGCUUAAAAAAAAUGACAUGAACCAAAUGCGUUGAUUCACUCUGACAGACGUCAAAAUUGCUCCAGUAAUAAAUCCAAUGUUCUUAUGGAAUUCACACCACUUAAUAUUUCUACAAUGGAUCUAUACAUUUUCUGUUGAUGGAAUGUUUUUUUUAUAACCAUAGCACCUUUAUCCAUCGAUAUAAAACGAUGCCUUUCUUUUGAAUCAGAGGUUAAUAUGGGACAUCCCAUUUAAGUUGUUCUCCAUGUUUGUUAAAAAAAAUCUUGCAAAUCGAAAAAAAAAAUUCUCCAUGUCGUGGACUCUGAUCAUUCAAACCAAGGAAAUUUUCCAGUAACUUCUGAGAGGUGCACUGGAGGGAAUAGAAGCUUUCCUGAUAUUAACAUAGCCCUUUGAACAAAAAUGCUGCAGUCUCACACCAAAGUACUUUGGCACUGUGAUACAUUACAGCAGUACUUUGUGAUAGAUGCAGUUUGGGGUUUACAUAUUAACAUUGAUUGUAAUCCUUCGUUGCAUCUGUUGCUUUCUACAAUUGGCCGCACAAUGGCGUCUCUGAUCGAAUGCAUCAUUUUGAUUUAUUUGCAAGUGGUCAAAAUGAUCUAUGGGCUAUAAGAAAUGUCUCUGUGAAAAUAAAAUGCACUCAUUAAAACUCAUAAGCAAGGGUUGGCCGUUGGUAA